AUGAAAACCUCAAACCCAUUCCAUUCAAGCCCGCGAAAGAUCUCGACUUUGGCUCUCAAGGUCAGCCGUCCCAAUUUGGCUCGCGCGCUCAAGCUGCCGAUCAAGAAGGACAAGGUUUCGUCGUCGGAGACUUCCGCCGGGGAGGCGAAAGAGAGCGAAGAAGCGAUUGCGUUCGUCGACGAAUUGGUCUCGACUUGGAUGCUGUUGCACGACGACGAUACGUGGUUGAUGCCGUUGGAGAUUCACAAUAUGACUAGAAUGAUUAAAGAUGGCAACUUUGAGAGAUUGUAUUGGGUUGGGUUGAUUUGGUAUAUGGUUGAGAAGGAGUUGUCUGCUACUCCGAAUCUAGAGAGGAAGCUAGAAGUGGAAGUAGAUGAUGAUGCAAUGGAAGAAUCAGAGCAAGGGGAAGAGGUCGAUGAUGAGGAGUCGGUUGAAGAAAUGGAUUUCUACCGUGCACCCCAAGAGCAUGAUGCAUUGGGUAGUUUAGCUUCUAAGAAUCUUCUUGGAUCUAUGGAAUUAGCACAAGCUCACCUCAUUUCAGAUAUGCAGCAGCUUCAUGCUGACCUCUCUUCGGGGGAAUUUCUUGCAGCAUCUAGGAUUGAUAUAGAGCCUAACCCUGGCAAUUCCUUGCAUUAUGGGAAACGGCUUAAAAGACAUGAUGAUGCCGGCGGCCGGCCGCUGGACUUUCUCAGGUGGUCUCUCUACUUGCAAAGGCUCGACGACGGUGCGAUCGUUGCCGCCGGCGGCAUUAGACUUCUGAAUGUUAAUAGAACGAACAUGCGAGCUGCAGGUCCUGUUUUCGAGUUCAUUGGGCCGGGCGAGGCCCACGACUUUGUUAUGUUGGAAGCUGAUAGUUUCUUCACUUAUACCACAUUGUUCGUUUUGGCCGACUUGCUGUUCGUUAUAAUGCUGAAGCGGGAGUGA